UUGUUGAGUAAUUUGUGACAGGUUCAGCAGCGCUCAAAGAGACCAUCGACACCGCUCUCUCCUCUAGAGGAAGGCUCCCGAAUCAAUAGCCCGUCUACGACCUCUGAGUUCCCUACUGGAGCAUGCUCGCAAGAGAUGGAAAAGAGAUAUUCGGAGGAUGUGAAAAGAAUGGACAGGAAUGUGAGCUCUCACACAGAAAAUUUCUCGGAGAAGACGGUGCCUGAGAUCCCCGUCGAAGGCGCAGGACAUGAUGUGAAGAAGUUACCAGUUCCAAGCCUGAGAGAAGUCAGGAUCGGCGGAUCUAACAACGUUUCACGGUCUGAUCUGCUUGCUGGCCUUCUUGAUGAUUUGGUUUCGAACUCUGGUUCCUCCCCGGCCCUGCACAGGGAGGGUAGACUUGACUGGUCGCCAUUCCCGGCGUUGUUGUUGAAGACAGACACCAACGAGUGGAUCGAAGAUACUGGGCGUGCUGAAGAAGCCGUCAGGCCUCCACAGGGCGUCAUCAAAAGCGAAAAAAUGCUCUGGAAGCAGCCAGGUCUUCGACUCCUGGACUCAAACGACGAGAGUGACGAUGAGAUGGAAGAGGACAUAGACCUGGGGAGGGCAAUGUCGUCCCCUCCUCAAUCACGUGUUCCGCAGAAAAGAACCGCAUCCAAUGGCGAAGUGACUUCAAGAUUGACUGCGACCAUUUCGCCGACACGGGAGAAGAUGGAUAUUGACAAUGUUCCUGGUAAUACACGGAGAUCAAUGACCAGCACGCGCCCACUGUUACCACCGAAUGCAUUGAAAGUCUCAGUCAAGCCGCCGACAUGGCAAGAAAAGCAAGAAAGCAGUGAUGAGACGGCAUUCAAGGAGAGCCACAUAACGAAAAGUACUUUUUCGGCAUCCGGAUCCAUCGCCACAUUCUUAGAUCUUCGUGGCAAGAAGUUCAAGAGGACGCAGCCACCGAAGCAAGCUUGCAAAGACGAGAUCUCCAGUGAUCCCAUCCGAACCACGCAAUCUGCGGGUGGAGAUCUUCAACGAUCACCCAUCAUCGAGGCAACUGGUGCCAUUGUCGCUUCAGGAACUGUUCAGGUACCAGCAACGCCAUACAACAAACCUCUACAACUGGCACAAGACACCAGACAAUCGGUGAAGGCACUAAUCGGACCCAGAGCUAUAGUACUCGAUACGGCCAUGCUUCGAACACAGCGUCCACUGAUAUCCUAUCUGGAACACCAUGGGGACGGCUUGCUCACAAUGAUAUUUCGCGACCUGAGCGCGGGCGAGAUAGGCAAGCCUGGGGCUCUAUCCGACGCGCCUGAUAUCAUCCUCAAUCCUCGUACAGCACUCUUCUGUACCCAUUUCCAAGCAUUGAAUCAGAAGAACUUACCUGGUCAGAGCAAGUCCACCAAACAAGCUAUGGUGCAAAGCAAAAUUCUCAAGCUGACACAAAUUUACGACCACCUGUUUGUGUUGGUCACAAUGCCCGCAAACGGAGAUGGACUUCUUCCAGCCUCUCAAGACACGAUUGCCAGCUUCACGGGGUUCUGUUCAGGUCAAUGUAUCCAGGGUACACGUAUUGUCAGUCCUAUUUGGAUACCAGGGGCGAUGCCUCUGUCAGCGACGAGUCCCAAUCUUUACAGCUGUACAUGGGACUUGCUAUGUCGGCAAGCUUUUCCAGUCAGCGAUCCCAUUCGCGACGCGCCAGCUUCAGCGGGAAAUGUCUUGUUGAUACACGAUGAGACGCUCUGGGAGUUAUUUCUGCGAAAGACGGGGUUGAAUCCCAUGGCAGCACAGGUUGUGUUUGUAAUGCUGAAAAGGCCAGAUGGACACGACUUUCAAGCUGAGCAAGGCUGGGGGUUGAGAAGAUUGGUACAGAUGAGGCCUAUAGAAAGACUGGAUAUGUUCGCUGAGAUACUCGGCAGACGAAUGGUAGAAAGAUUGAGCAUGGUGCUUGCUACGAUGCACAAUUGAGCCGAACUCUGAGAGGCAGACGCAGUGCACGGUAGCCGUGGACAGCCUGGAGACCAGAUCGAGAUCAGGCUAGUGAGGCUCAAUCGUACAAUGUUAAAGAGACGUAAGCUAUAGGUCUACGGUAUGCGAUGGAGAUUAGAGGAAGAU